GGGAAAAAAAUCUAGAUAUAUAUAUACGUAGUAACAAACUGAAACAGAAUCGUACUUUCAAGAAAUCCUCAAGAGUUCACAAGGAUCUUUCUGCUUUCUGCUUGCUGCUUAUUUCAAGUAAUGGCUACCAGUGUUGAGGGUAUUGCUCAUGAGCUCAAUCUUGAAAAUGUUGAUCCUUUGCCUGAGGAUUUCGACCCAACUGGUGUAAUCAAGGACCCUUUGCCCCCUUUAGUUAAUGAUUCUCGAGUAGGCGUAAAUGUUGAGGGAAAUGGGGAAGUGAAAAAAGAGAGGGAGAUUGUACUUGGGAGAAAUGUGCAUACAAUGUGUCUUGAGGUUACGGAACCUGAGGCCGAUGAUGAGGUUACCGGGGAGAGGGAGGCUUAUAUGGCUAGCGUUUUGGCGAGAUAUAGGAAGUCUUUACUGGAGAGGACAAAACAUCAUUUGGGUUACCCAUAUAAUCUGGAUUUUGAUUAUGGUGCAUUGGGACAAUUGCAGCACUUCUCCAUUAAUAACCUUGGAGAUCCUUUUAUAGAAAGCAAUUACGGUGUCCAUUCCAGACAGUUUGAAGUUGGUGUAUUGGAUUGGUUUGCACGCCUAUGGGAAUUGGAGAAGAAUGAGUACUGGGGUUAUAUAACAAAUUGUGGCACAGAAGGCAAUCUGCAUGGUAUUUUAGUCGGGAGGGAAGUGUUUCCUGAUGGAAUCUUGUAUGCAUCAUGUGACACACAUUAUUCCAUAUUCAAAGCAGCACGAAUGUACCGUAUGGAAUUUGAAAAGGUCAACACCUUGACCUCAGGAGAGAUUGAUUGCAAAGAUUUGAAAGCUAAACUUCUUUGUCACCAGGACAAACCAGCAAUUAUCAAUGUCAAUAUUGGAACAACUGUAAAAGGUGCCGUUGAUGAUCUUGAUCUUGUUAUAAAGACCCUUAAGGAAAGCGGUUUCAAUGAUGACCGGUUUUAUAUUCACUGUGAUGGAGCACUUUUUGGCCUCAUGAUGCCUUUUGUCAAACGUGCACCAAAAGUGUCAUUUAAAAAACCUAUUGGAAGUGUCAGUGUCUCAGGCCACAAAUUUGUUGGGUGCCCAAUGCCUUGUGGUGUCCAGAUAACAAGAUUAGAGCACAUUAGUGCCCUCUCCAGUAAUGUUGAGUAUCUUGCUUCAAGGGAUGCAACUAUUAUGGGUAGCCGAAAUGGGCAUGCUCCCAUAUUCCUUUGGUAUACCUUGAACCGGAAAGGAUAUCGAGGAUUUCAGAAAGAAGUCAAAAAAUGCCUUAAAAAUGCACACUACCUAAAAGAUCGCCUUAGAGAUGCUGGGAUCGGGGUAAUGCUGAAUGAACUGAGCAGCACAGUUGUAUUUGAGCGUCCUCACGAUGAGGAAUUCGUACGCAAGUGGCAGCUUGCUUGCCAAGGGAACAUAGCACAUGUUGUAGUAAUGCCCAACAUCACUGUUGAAAAGCUGGAUAAAUUCUUGGCUGAACUCAUUGGAAAGCGUGCUGUUUGGUAUAAAAAUGGAACUUUUCAGUCACCUUGUGUUGCAUCUGAGUUAGGUAAUGAAAAUUGUUUUUGUGGUUUACACAAGUGACACUGGUGGUUGUAGACUUGUAGUGCAUUAUCAGCAAACAGAUUUAGUUCAUUCUUUGGUACUACUGUUGCUGUUUCUUUUAGUUAUUCAAGGCAUUUCAAAUGCUCGUACAAUAAUUGUGUUUUCUGCUUUAGCGAUUGUUAUCAGUGACUGCUGGAGGUUUGACCCCUUUUGUC